AUUUAGGUCAUCAGGUUUACAUACAAUAAGCGGCUGAUUAAACUCAAGAAAAACAAAAAACAUCACAAUCGCACGUAUUUGCAGUUCAAUUGCUUCCCGAUUCAAGCUGAAACUACUCCAAGCCAUAACAAUUGUUUACAUAAACCAUCUUCCUCCAUCCGUUGACUAUUUCGAAAUAAAGGAUGGAUUACAUAGCUUUGCAAGGUGGUGGCAUUCAGCGUUAGUUAUAUAGUAUGGCAGCACCAUGUUAAAGUAGAUUUUUUCUUUGAAACACAUAUCCAAACGUACUCGUAAGUUGGCGGAAUAAACUCAUCUUAUAUUAACUCGAGAAUCUAUCGGCCCCAUCCACAGGCAUCCAAUAGAAAUGUAUAGACUUAUAGCCAUUGCUUUUGGGCACUGACUGAGUGAUGACCGUUCAAUCUAACAAAUGUUUAGUCGUUUAUCUACCACCCAUCCGUCUGGAGUGAUCGCACCAAAAUUCUACAUUUCGGUGAAUUCACAGUAUUCGCAGACAUAACAUUUUUAACACCGUGUUGGAUCGGUGACCGAUAUAAUAAUCAGAAUAACAGUGGGGACUUUUUGUCCAUUUAUGUUUUGAAAAAAAAAAAGAAAAAAAAAAUGUUUUGUGCCACUUUCAAUAAUUCGCAAUUAAGUUAUAAUAUUAAAUUAUCUCAUAUGAUUGCGGUAUUUUUUGCAUGGUCGCUGUGCAUUGCCGUGUCACAAGCGCAUUUGAUUCUUAAUGAUCACGAACAAUAUCGGGCAAGGCCACCGCCUAUUAAUCCAAACCAUCAAUUAGAUCAACGAAGUCCAUCCGAGGUUAUGGUUGAUCUUAGUAAUGAUUUGUCAUUUAAGAUCCUACACUUGCAUUCGAUUUUGAAUCGAAAUAAUUUCGCUUUCUCGCCAACGGCUUUGAUGUGUGUGCUGGUGGCACUUUAUGAAGGAUCUGCGGGACGCAGUUCAUUAGAGAUGCGCAAUUGUUUACCGAUGCCAAAUAAUAGAGAUGUUAUUCGAGUUGGAUAUCGUGAUAUACACCGAAGGUUAAGGACCUAUUUUUUCGACGACGAAAACCCACUAAAAGGACUUAGUUUAAAUAAGGAAAAUGUCACAAUCACUGCAGAAUUUGAAACAGUUCUCAAAUUCUAUGGUUAUGAUCUCGGCAUCGAUAUGGUGUCUUCUACAACAACAGCAUCAUCAAAUAAUAAUAAUGAAACAAUCACCACCACACCUGUAACAUAUCUUCCAACAGCUGCGAUUACAGAUACAUCAGCGUUACCAUCAACAAUGACAACUGAGAAAAUUACAGAGGAACCAACAACAACAGAAAAAUCAACAACAACAACCACAACAACAACACCAGAACCAACUACAACAACUACCCCUGAACCCAUCAAAACAACAACAAUUCCAGAAACAACAACUCUUGAGACCGAAACGACAAUUGUUUCGGAAACUCCUCAGCCCCUUUCAGGAUCCACAACUCUCGAACCAAAAGAGGAAGGAGUAGAAAGCCCUUCACCAGCAUCCCAGGAAUCUGGCGAAGUUGUUACUCUUUCUAAUUCCGAAAAUGAAUCAUUAGGAGAAAAAGCAAAUUUUAAACGAUUUAAAAAUAACGGAAAACUGGUGUCCCAACCAAGACUUGAGUACCUUCCGGUAAAAUUUACACCAAGUCGAACAAAACCUUUCAAAAGAACCCGACGUCACUUAUUCGGUCUUAAAGGACUCGACCCGAAUUUCUUCUUAUCUUUUAUGCAGCCAAGGACUCAAUUUCUCCAGGCACCACCACCAGCAGAAAUUAUAGAAAUAGAAGCACCUCCUCCACCACCACCAGCACCAGUCCAUGUACAAAGUUUCUCAUCUACUUCAUUGAUUCAACCAAUUGAUACUAUCCCAGUGCUGCCAAUUCAAAACGGAUACUUCGAUGUCGAACAGGGAUUCUUGGCUCAAAAAGAAGAACUUAGAAGUGAAAUCGUUGAUCAUAUAUUUUACGUCAAUAACCAGGAUAUUAUUCACACAACAUUCAAGGUCUAUAAUUCGGUUCUCUAUUAUCGAUACUUUGAGCAAAUGAAAAUCUCUAUUCUGGAGUUGGAACUCGAUUCAACCGAUUAUAAUUUGAUGAUUCUUUUACCAGACUAUGAUUUGGAUCUACUCACUGCCUCAUCUAAUCUCAGAUUAGGGCCAACUCUUAGAUCACUCCGUAAGCAGUUGAAACCUCGUUGGGUACAGGCAAUUAUUCCAGAUUUUGAACUGCAUGGGACAGUUUUCCUGACAAAUGAUCUACAAAAUUUGGGAGUUUGUGACAUUUUCGAGCCUAAUCGAGCUGAUUUUAGACCAAUGACCGAUGAUAAUGGUAUUUAUGUUAAACACAUCGAGCAAAACAUUGAUGUAAACAUUCGCACUCGCCCGAUAAAUCACCUCAAAAGGAGUUACGGCCCACAAACUCAACCCAUUCAAGUGUCUGUUAAUCAUCCGUUCAUGUUCUUCAUCAUAGACAGAGAUUUGGAUGUCGCAACUAUGGCUGGUCGAAUACUUAAUCCGUUGAAUGUUCGGAUACAAUAAGAUACAAACAUUGCAAUGUCGAUAAGAAUGUUUUUAUAUUAAAAGUUGUGUUAGUAAGAUGCCAAUAAAAUUUAAGGAAAAUAUUGGAAUAAAUUUUGAGAUGAUAAGAAGUGAUAUUGUAAA